UCCCCCAACGUUACUAAAACCUGGUUAAUACUCCUUGCACACGACGACAACCAGGAUGCCCGUAGCCGACAAGCACGACGAAGGCGACGAGUCCGUCGACUCCCGCGACAGAGACAGGGAACGAGGCCCUAAAUCAAAGUCUUCCUCGUCUAAAUCGAAAGACCUGUCCCAUGUCCCCUGCAAGUUCUUCAAAGUAGGCUCGUGCACAGCCGGCUCGUCCUGCCCCUUUUCCCACUCUGUCCUCGAACCCGGCCAGCACAAGGAGACCUGCGCCUGGUUCAUAAAAGGAAACUGCAAAUUCGGCCACAAAUGUGCUCUCGCCCACAUUCUCCCCGGCCAGUCGAUGGCGAUGGACAGGAAGAACAAGAAGGCGGCCCAGACGGCUGGCAAGAGCGGCGGUGGUGGUGGACGAGAGGGCGGAGAGAGGGCUGAGAGGGAGAAGAACGGGCCUGGUGGAGGCGGCAGGGUCCACAAGUCGUCGUCUGGACACGGCAGGGGCGAGAGGGACGGCGGGAACGGUGCUGACGGCGCCGGCCGUCCUUCUGGCGGUGGUCUCUUGUCGGGCUCGUCGGCGCCAACGAGGAUCCUGACCGGGACGUCGUCGCGCGCACCGAUUCCGAUGUCCCUCAAGGCAACCAUCUCGCCCUCUGCGCCCGCCCCGCCGCUCAAAGACACCGACUUUGCCUCCUUCGGCCUUCCCGACGAAUCCAACAAACUGCCCUCGGCACCCGCCGCUCAAUCCCGCACCUCCCAGUCUCCCGUCGCCGACAAACGUUCUGCCGAACCCAAAGAUGUAUCCGUUCCAGACGUCCAAGUCGAUGCCGCCACGGGCGACAUGGAUGAUGAAGAACAAGUCCGCACCAAAUCCUCGCCCGCUCCUCUGCCUUUCAACACUCCCCGUCCUCCACGAACCUCCUCCCACCACAGUCAACAGCACGACCCCUCCUCCUCCGACAAUCUCGGUCCUAUCGGCUCCCCUCCGCGCUCACUCAUUGGCUCUCCACCCCUCUCUCAAACGUCCAGAUCUGGGUUGAACGGAAGAGCAGGCGACGGCUUCUCACCUGGGACUUCACCGCAGUCGCAGCCUUACUUGCAACCCACCGUUCACUCCUCCGUCCCCGCGAACGCCUUUUUGUCGAGCAGUCCGUUCAAUAAUGGCAUACAAGGGAUGUAUUUCGCAAAGUAUCAGGAAGAAGGACAGGGACAAGGACAAGCGCAGGGGGGCGUUGGGACGGGUGCAGGCGGAUUCGGUGCGGAGGAAGACGACUUUAGGACGAGGUCCGGUUUGGCUGCAUCCCUCGGUGCGACUCGUACCUGGCGCAGCGAUCUCAGCAUGACAGCCGCGAACCCUCCCCCCUCCGCUCCUCCUACCUCGACUCGCCAUCCCCAUCUAGGAAACCAUCUGUCUAUGGGUCUAGGCGGCGACACCGCCGUCGUCGACGAAGACCUGGAAGAGUUCAUCCCUUCCUCUCUUACCGAUCUCCUCACCCCCGAAGAACGCAGCCGCAGAUACUCCCGAACGAGCGGACAUCCAGGUGCUCCUCCCUCCUCUGCCGCCCCUGGUGCUGGCUGGAACAUGAACGCAGGAGCUCAAAGACCGAGUCUCGAGACGCACCAUCACCGGUAUUCGAGAUCGGUUCCUGCCCCUUCGUUGUUGGGCGAUAUCAAGUCGAUAUGGUCGGAUCCUCAGCCUCAGCCUUCGCCUUCGAAUCAGCAACACGCUCAGAAUAUGUCCUCUUCGCCUGCUAACCCUUCACUCCUCCAAGGGGUGCCGGGCUCGUAUAAGAGCGGUGGGUACAUGGGUGGGCCGGGAAGUAUGGGGAUGGACGCAGGGAACGGUAUACACUCAGGGUCGGGUCUGCCGAUGUCCAUGUCGCCCUCUUCCUCUUUCCUGUCGCCGUCGAACGCCAGCGCGGCCUUCCUACCUUCGAUACACCAGCAUCACCAACAAUUCAUGAAUAAACGAUCGAUUUCGAACGGCCUUCGCCCUCUCACCUCCACGAACAGCAGCAAUAAUAACAACGGGUCGACGACGCCAGUCAACGGUACAUCCUCACCUAGCGCCAACGCCGCUCAACUCCUCGCGAGGUUGACGGGCGACACCGGGAUCGGUCUGGGAGGUGGGAUGUCGCCUCCACCGACGAGUGCUUCGUUCCACCAAGCCUUCCGUCCUCCCGGUCUCGCCCAGUCUAUCUCCGGCACCGGCGGUUCCGCCGUGACUCUGAACGACGAUUUCUCAGGGCGUUCGCAGGCGCAAGCGCAGUCCCAAUAUCCCCAUCACCUUUCCAACAACAACUCACACCAACAGUACGCCCAGGUUUCUAACAACAACGCCCAGCACCAGCAACACCAGCAUCAUCAUCAUCAUCAUCAACAACAACAACAACAGCAGCAGCAGCACAAUCAGCAGCACGUCGCCCCCGCGAUGGCCCUCUCGCCCUCCACCCGCGCCCUCCAAGCCCACGCACCAGGCCAGUCUCUUCCACAAGGCCUCGCAGCAGGCUAUUCCCGCAUCCACGCCCUACCUCCCCCUCCCGCCGUCGGCAACUUACCUUCUCCAUCCAUGUUCGGGUCCGUCACGUCUGGUGGGAUGGGCGGGAUCGGGUCGUUAGGGCAGGGCCAGGGACAGGGCGGAUUAGGGUUGAUGGGAAUAGGCCCGGGAGGUGGAUUUGGCGGUCAAGGGCAACAACAGCAACAGCAACAGCACCAACAGCCCUCGCUAAGCGAUUGGAUAGGAAUGUCACCCGGCGCUGCAGCAGCCAACGGGCAUUCCAUCCUUGGUGCUACCGCACGAGGCUCGCCCCUCUCUGGUUCCGUCGCGCUUCCUGGAAUGGGCGGUAGACAGGUGAGCGGCGGGAACGGGCCUGCGGGGAGGAGUUGGGCUGGGGUUGUUAGCGGGAGAGAGAGGGAGGGCGGAGCGGCGGGGACGUUGAGCCCGUUGAGUGGACCGGUGGUCAGUGCGGGACAUGUCGGUGGUGGGGACGAUGAUGACUUGUUCGUGUUGGAUGGGUGAUAGAGAGAAGAAGAAAGAAGAAGAAGAAAAUAUGGACGAUGGCGUCCGUGUGCUUGUAGGCUGGUGAGCUGCGCUUUGGGUUUGGGGUCAUCGUUGGGUCGAUCGGUCGUGACGCAUGGUAUCGUGUCGUACUUAAUUUGCUGUAUUUGUCUUCCCUUGACUUUUGACUCUCGGCUCUCUGUCAUAUCUCGUUUUCUUUUAAUAUUCCUCUUUACAUCUCUCAUCUUUCAUAUACAUUCCCGGUCAUAUUCAUAUUUGUGGUUUGCGUCUCGUGUAAGCUCUCGUGUGGUCGUCCCGAUCGUUGAAUGAUACGUACUAUUCUUCAGCAUGUUCAAAUGAACGGACCCUUUGUGUGCAUAGACUUACAUGUUCUGCUCUCGCUCGUCCGGUUUUAUGUCCUCUUGUUUUGCUAUCGGCUAUGUGUUUGUGCUCCUCAUCCAAUAUUCAUGUCCCUUCACGUUGCUUCCAAAAUUCACAUUCCGAUUCCGAUUCUUGAUUUUCUCGCACAGACUUCAUCUUGCGUUGUAUCACCAUAUUUACG